AAUCCUAGAGUACUUUUUGAUUAUUAGAACUUCACUGGGAUAUCUAUGUUUCACCAUAUUCUUGAUCUACCUGCUGCGACGAAGGCACCUCUCCUUGGAUACUAACAUCGAAGAGUUCCUUCAAGAGCAUAACAAUCUAUUGCUAAUUCAGUACUCAUAUUCUGAUAUUAAGAAGAUGACUAAGAGUUUCAAAGACAAACUUGGUCAGGGAGGUUUUGGGUCUGUGUAUAAAGGAAAACUCCGCAGUGGCAAUCUUGUUGCCAUCAAGAUGUUAGCAACAUCUAAAGGUAAUGGGCAAGACUUUAUCAAUGAAGUUGCUACUAUUGGGAGGAUUCAUCAUGUCAAUGUGGUGCGACUUAUCGGAUUUUGCUUUGAGGGAUCAAAAAGGGCUUUAGUGUACGACUUCAUGCCAAAUGGGUCAUUGGACAAGUACAUCUUCAAUCAAGAACAAAGAGGCAAUAUUUCCUUAAGUAGUUGGGAAAAGAUGUACAAGAUUGCCCUAGGAGUAGCUCAUGGGAUUGAAUAUCUCCAUCGAGGUUGUGAUAUGCAAAUUCUACAUUUUGAUAUCAAGCCACACAAUGUUCUUCUUGAUGAGGAUUUUACCCCAAAAAUUUCGGAUUUUGGGCUUGCCAAACUAUAUCCAACAAAUGAUAAUACUGUUCCUCUAACAGCGGCAAGGGGAACAAUAGGAUACAUUGCUCCAGAAAUGUUCUACAAAAGCAUGGGAGGUGUCUCCUACAAGGCCGAUGUUUAUAGUUUUGGAAUGUUGCUAAUGGAAAUGGCAGGGAGAAGGAAGAAUGUGAAUCCAUUUGCAAACACUUCUAGUCAAACUUACUUCCCAUCAUGGAUAUAUGACAAACUAAAUCAAGGAGAAGAUAUGGAAAUGGAAGAUGCCAGUGAAGAUGACAAAAAAAUAACAAGAAAGAUGAUCAUAAUCGCAUUGUGUUGCAUACAAAUGAAGCCUGCUGAUCGCCCUUCCAUGAGUAAAGUCAUAGAAAUGUUAGAAUCACCCACUGAGCUUCUACAAAUGCCACCAAAGCCUUUUCUAGCAUCACUUGAAAGAGUGGAAGAAGAUUUUAGAAUUAUAGAAUCAUCAAGUUAUCAUUCAUCAUCAUAUAAGUCGAUGAUUCAAUCAUCUACUUAAAUGUAAUUAAUCUGCCAUAAAUUAUUAGUUAUUUGGUUGAUAAUUAAGUAAU